AUGCUCAUGGUUACUAAAUUGCCUGGAAGCGACGAGACCAGGCAGAUAGGAAAGGCUACCUCCGGAUGCGAUAUCCCAUCUAAGGCAUCAGAGGAUGCGAUCGUACGAGGCAAGCGCGAGGAUGGUACACCGUGGUGGGCAGCAUUUCCAGAGCCAACUUCGACGCCGGUCCAUAUCGAGCCCCAGACUGUCCUCGAGCUUCUUGAGCAGCAAGAACAUGUCGAUGACAUGCCCCAAUCGCGCAGAUUGCUGCUUGUCGAUUGUCGCCGGACAGACUGCGCCGGGGGAACUGUCAGCUCAUCAAUCAACCUGCCCGCCCACAACUUCUUUCCCACGCGCAAGAGCUUGUACGCUUUGUGCAAACAGGCCGGGAUCCAAAAGGUGGUCUUCUAUUGUGGUACAGUCCAAUCAAUCCUAUGCUCUUUGAACUCGUACCUCUACCGCCGACCCUCCCUAACACCAAUGCUUCUUCCCCCAGGCUCCUCCGCUGGUCGGGGCCCUCGAUGUGCCGCCUGGAUGCAAGACUAUAUCAACGACGUAGGCGGCGAUCUUCAGUCGCAGGUCAUGACGGGCGGGAUUCGAGGCUGGGUGCGGAUGUACGGCGACCGCAUGGUGGACGGGUAUGACGAGAAGACGUGGAAGCAGCUGUUGUCGGAGAAGAGCUGUACGUGA